AUGCCUAAAGCCAAUCAAACACCCUCUAAAGCCAAAUCACCAACCAAGGCUGAAGCAAAACCCAAAAUCAUGAAGCCCAAAUCGAAGAAAAAUGCCAAGUCAUCAAGGGAACCCACACCCACACCUGCUCCUUCUCUUUUGAUAUCCUCCACUAUACCUACAUCAUCAUCCCCUAUUCCUAUUGUUCAUGUUGUUCCUAUCAUUACCACCUCCACUGUAUCCCCUCCUCCAAAAACAACCACCCAUGAACCUGAGCUUCCUGCGAAAAAUACCUCUAAGUCAACAAAGGUCAAAGCUACUCCAAGAAAAUCUGUCAAGAAAGUGCAUGAUGUUGCUACGUAUGGUAACACUGUAGCCAGGGAAUCUGUGGUUCAGGGGAAAUCAGUGCCAGCUACUACUGAUCAAGUACAAUAUCCUUCUUCCAAAUUACAUGUUUUAGUGUCUGCUAUAGAUACUACACCCCUAGAUACUCUCCCACCCAUGAGUGAGAAGGCACAAGUGGAGAAAUUCACUGUAGAAAAAGAUGAUGGGGAUCUGGGGAAGGAGGUAGAUGCUACGGCUGUGGAGCCUGUGGUUAAGGGGGGAGGAAGUAAAGAACAUGUGCAAAAGGAGGCUUCUUAUGGCCUUUCUUUUAGUUGGACCGAGGAUGAGAAAGAUGAUAGGGGUGAAAAAGAAGUAAAAGUUGUGAACAUUCAUGAGGAGCAUGAUGCUCAAAACAUAGUCAAUGAAGAAGAGAAAAGUGAGAAUGAGGGAGCAUCUGGAGAUGAGAAGGAGAGUGAUACAGAUGAUAAAAUAGAAGAGGAGGUAUCUGAAAGUGAGGGUGAGGAUCAAGAAAAGGUGAGUGGGAGUGAAGGGGAUGAUAAAGAAAGUGAGGAAGAAGAAGGGAAUGUGAGUGAGAAAUCUGAAGGUUCCAUGACAAUUGAAAGUAUUAUCAUAGCCCCUUCAGAAGAAACUACUGAAGAAACAAGGGCUCAAGAACCUAGGUCUCUGAUAACUCAUUUCACCGGAGAUGAGGAAGUUAGCAGCGAUGAAGAUGAUGUGCCAUUAUCUGAGGUAGGGAAGAAAUCUAAGAAGACCCCUAUGAAAUCUAUGAAAACUCCUCUCACAAGGAGUAAAAGAAAGGUUGUUGAUGCACAAAUCAUCAAGGAGUCUAGAAGUGCAAAGAAGCCAAAGAAGAAGGUCUCAAUUGUGGAACCUGUUGUUGAGGUGGAUGGAGAAAAUGAGUCUGACUCUGCCUUGCAAGCUAAGUCUGCUACACCAAAUAGAAAGGGUGUCAAAGUCACCAGGCCUGCUACCUCUCCUACAAGGGUCAGUAGGGGUAAGACAAGAAAGAUUGUGCUAGCUGCAGUUGAUCAACUCACAGAGUUCAGAAACAGAAAAGUGCUGAAUGGGAAGAUUCUUGCAAACACUGAUGAGAAGGGGAUGCCUCAACUGCUUGAAAAACUUGAGCUAUAG